AUGGUCAAGGACAUUCAGAUUAAGUUUAGCUCUAAGUGUGAGGUGUGUAGAGGUGGGCAUGAGAUGGUAGAUUGCCUGGUAGCAUCUGAGGAGGAGUUGAGUUUUGUUCAGAACCAGGGACGAGGCCAGGGUUACAAUUCUGGAUGGCAACCACGCCAAACCUCGAACUGGCAGGGCAUGAAUCCCCCAGGAUUCCAGCCUCGCCAGAGUCUAUUUCAGACCCCUGCUGAUGGACAGCAUAGUGGAGAGUCUAAAUCUGAGUUGAGCGAGUUUUUGAAGAGGAAUGAGGAGAGUCAGAGUAGGACGAAUAAACUCCUAGAGUCAAUAGUGAUGCAGGGUGAGGCUAGACAUCAGGAGCAGGUCAAGAAAAAUCAAGAGUUUGAGCUCAUGUUCAGGAAUCAGGGGUCCACCAUAAAGAGUCUAGAGAGUACCGUAGGAGAGAUGGCCAAUAGGAUGACCGAGAGGCCAGUAGGUACAUUCCCUAGUAGCACCCAGACUAACCCAAACGCCACUGCAAAGGCAGUGACUACUAGGAGUGGUAGAGGGGUAGAAGUAGAGAAGCCGGUCGAUGAGGUCGAGGAACCGGUUGACGAGGAGAUUGAGAUGGAGACUCCUGCUGGCGAUGUGCACCCUAGGUUGCGCCCAGCAAGUACAGCACAGUCCAGCGAGUCUUCGGGAGAGAAGAAGAAGGAGAAGGAGCCACUUAGAGUAUAUAAACCCACAGCUCCUUACCCUGGUAGGCUUUUAGCUAAGAGCGAUUCUGAGCAGCAUUCACGGUUCUUGGAGAUGCUGAAAAAACUCCAUGUGAACCUUCCUUUCAAUGAGGCUCUGUCUAAAAUGCCUAAGUAUGCCAAGUUCCUAAAGGAUCUUCUCACAAACAAGAAGAAACUAGAGGAGCUGUCUACUGUCAUUCUUAGUGAGGAGUGUUCUGCAGUCGUGCAGAACAAGCUUCCUUAG